AUGGAUCUGGAGAAGUUCUACCGAGAAGAUCAUGCCUUCUACAAGGUCAUAAUUGGCGAUUUCAAUGCCAAAGUUGGCCCAAGAAGAACGCCGGAGGAACUUCACAUCGGGACCCACGACCUACAAUGGAAUGACCAGGGGGAGAGGCUCUCCGAGUUCAUUAUGACGACUAAGACCAUCCAUGGGAACUCGCAAUUCCAGAAGCCCUCCUCUCUACGCUGGACGUGGGAGUCACCCGGUGGAGGGUACCGUAAUGAAAUAGACCACAUCAUCGUCAAUAAAAGGUUCUGCCUAACGGACGUCGCUGUUGUACCAAAGUUCUAUACGGGAUCGGACCAUCGCCUCCUCCGAGGAAGAUUUUCCUUCACAAGGAGAGCAGAGAAAGCCGCCAAGUUCAGAGGGAGAAAUCCCAGGACUAUCAUCAACUGGGAUCUAUUCGCUACGUUAGCUGGCUUUUGGGAAGAUUCCGCAAUGGACAACAUCGACAAGGAAUAUGACCGGCUCGUUGAACACCUUCACGACUGUGCGAAGAAGGCUGAGAGUUUUAAACCCACCAAGAGGCGCCUGUCUCUUCAAACUCUUGAGCUGAUACGCCAGCGUGGAGCAGCGCGAGCCGCAGGGAACCAAGAACUCACGUCCGAGCUCGCAAGGCUUUGCCGAGAGGCGAUAAAGGAAGACCUUAAAGAGAGAAGAGCAGAAGUGCUGGCUGAAGCUGCAGAGGCGGGGAAAAGCAUCUGCUAUGCCCGUCGAGACUUCGCCAGUCGCAAGACGAGGAUGACUGCUCUCCGGAACCCAAAGGGAACAGCCAUUGCAUCAUGA